UGGGAAUUUGCAGACCUGAGGAGGUGCUGGAGAGGGACAGGAGGAGGAGACGGGAGGAGGAGAAGAAAAGAGGAGAAAGAAAAACCGAGGAAGGAGGAGGGGAAAGGGAGGAGGGAUUUCACAGAAGUUUGACACGAAUGCACGGCCGGGCUGGGACAGCAGCGCCGCAGACCCGUGUGGGAUAAGUGGGUCUAGGUGUGCCUGCAGUCUGCGCUUUGAAGUUUUUAUCCCUGGAAAAAGCAGCGGAGCUCCAGCGGGUCAUUUCCCUCCACCCAGCGGGAGCAGCAGCAGCAGCAGCGGGCAGCUCAUGCAUGCCUGCACCGCCUGGCGCUGCGCCUGCACGGAAACGGGCUGUUUUUCAGAGUUUGGCACGCAGCAGGUCCCGCUCGGUCACUGCGAGAUCGGCACUUUUCCGGAGCCAGCUCCGCAGCGGUCAGCCUGCGCGGGGCACGCCGGCGCGGAGAGCCUCUCUGGCGGUGAACUACACCUCUGAGAGCCGUAGCUCAGCGGAGCUUUCUUGCGGCUCGCUUUGAGGGAUUUUCCCUGUAAGCGGGACUGGUGCGUGUGCGCUCCCCGGAGGCUCGGUGUUGUUGUGCCACUUUGCCCCCCUGACGCUCGGCUCGGAGGGUUUUCUGGCUCGGGGGGAACUUGGUGUCGUCGUGGAGGGAUUUUCUUCAGCCCCGACUUGGAGCGGUGACAGCGGCGGGUUUAUCCGGCGGAACAGCGAACAAACGGCCGUCCUGUGUGAGGACUGCAUGCGGCUGAGGCGGAUCUAGCCGUGCCGAGCCGAGCCAGACCCCCACCAUGCCAGUGAGGAAGAAAGACGCGCAGCGAGCUCUGCUGCUGCUGGAGGAGUACCGGGCCAAGCUGAACCACGCCGAGGACCGGCAGCUCCGGCACUCCAUCCAGAGGGUCAUCGACAUCUUCCAGAGCAACCUCUUCCAAGCUCUCAUAGAUAUCCAGGAGUUUUACGAAGUGACCUUAUUGGACAGUCAGAGAUGGGCGGAGUCUUCCAAGGGGGCGGACCCCAUGGCACCCGUCAACCUGUGGGACUUCUCCAGCCUUCAAAGCACAACGGUGACCUCGGACACUCUUCCCAGCCUUAGCACCAGCAUCGAGAAGUACAGGCACCACGAUGAGGACUCGUCCCCCCAGGACCAGAGCUCCCCCCAGCUGACGGAGGAGGUGGGGGGGGCAGAGCUGGUCCAGGUAGCAGAGAAGAACCUUUCCCAGAUCGAGAAUGUGCACGGAUACGUCACCCACGCUCACAUCUCACCGAUGAAGGUAGCAUCUCUGGAGUGCAUCUUUGACGGUUCCUCAACAUUAGGACAGCAUCACCCGGAGCUCCCCUCCCCUACGUCCUCCACCCUCUACCCCCACGGAGAGGACAGUCCCCUCCCCUCCUGCUCCUCCAACCCUUACCCCCCGAUCCAGCAGGCCGAGGCCGCCCCGUCUUCCUCACCCAUAAUCCCUGUGAUCCCAAUCUCGCCAAUCCCAGCCGAGACCACCGUCAUCCCUCCAGCGUCACAGGCCAAUCCUCCGCCUGUGGUGGUCAACACAGACAGCUUGGACACGCCCCCAUACGUGAACGGGACGGAGGCUGAUUAUGAGUACGAGGAGAUCACGCUGGAGCGGGGAAACUCGGGGCUGGGCUUCAGCAUCGCAGGCGGCACAGACAACCCUCACAUCGGCGAAGACCCCAGCAUCUUCAUCACCAAAGUGAUACCCGGAGGAGCGGCCGCGCAGGACGGACGGCUCAGGGUCAAUGACGUCAUCCUGAGAGUCAACGAGGUGGAUGUUCGGGACGUGACCCACAGCCGAGCCGUGGAGGCGCUGAAGGAAGCGGGAUCUCUGGUCCGACUCUACGUCCGCAGGAGAAAGCCCAUCUCAGAGAAAGUGAUGGAGAUCAAGCUGGUGAAAGGACCCAAAGGUCUCGGCUUCAGUAUAGCAGGCGGCGUGGGCAACCAGCACAUCCCGGGCGACAACAGCAUCUACGUCACCAAGAUCAUCGAGGGCGGAGCUGCUCAUAAAGACGGGCGGCUGCAGAUCGGAGACAAACUGCUGGCUGUGAACAGCUCCUGCCUGGAGGAGGUGAGCCACGAACACGCCGUCACUGCCUUGAAAAACACUCCUGAUGUGGUCUACUUGAAAGUGGCUAAACCCAACAGUGUCUUCAUGAACGACAGCUUCGCUCCGCCCGACCUCACCAACUCAUACUCCCAGCGCAUGGAGAACCAUAUCAGCCCCCCCAACUUCCUGGGUCAGCCCCUCCCUCCGCCGGCAUCCUCGGGACGUUACUCCCCGACCCCGAAGAGCAUGCUGGGAGACGAUGAUGUCACCCGGGAGCCCAGGAAGGUGGUGCUUCACAGAGGAGCGACAGGACUGGGCUUCAACAUCGUGGGCGGGGAGGACGGCGAGGGGAUCUUCAUCUCCUUCAUCCUCGCGGGAGGACCGGCUGACCUGAGCGGAGAGCUGAGGAAAGGAGACCGACUCGUCUCCGUGAACGGCGUGGACCUCCGUAACGCCACCCAUGAGCAGGCCGCCGCCACCCUGAAAAACGCCGGGCAGACGGUGACCAUCGUUGCUCACUACAGACCAGAAGAGUACAGCCGUUUUGAGGCGAAGAUCCACGACCUGAGGGAGCAGAUGAUGAACAGCAGCAUCAGCUCGGGGUCGGGGUCUCUGAGGACGAGUCAGAAGAGGUCGUUAUACGUCAGAGCUCUGUUCGACUACGAUAAGACGAGAGACUCCGGUCUGCCGAGUCAGGGACUGAACUUCAAGUUCGGAGACAUCCUUCACGUGGUGAACGCCUCCGACGACGAGUGGUGGCAGGCGAGGCAGCUGACGGCGCAGGGAGAGGUGGAGGAGGUGGGAGUCAUCCCCAGCAAGAGACGGGUGGAGAAAAAGGAGCGGGCGCGGUUAAAGACGGUGAAGUUUAACGCCAAGUCUCGGGACAAAGGGCAGUCUCUCAAUGACAAGCGUAAAAAGAACCUCUUUUCCCGAAAGUUUCCGUUCUACAAGAGCAAAGAGGCGAGCGAGCAGGAGACCAGCGACGUGGACCAACAUGUGACCUCUAACGCCAGCGAUAGUGAGAGUAGCUACCGUGGGCAGGAGGAGUACGUGCUGUCCUACGAGCCCGUCGUUCAGCAGGAAGUGAACUACACCCGUCCCGUCAUCAUCCUCGGCCCCAUGAAGGACCGGAUCAAUGACGACCUGAUCUCCGAGUUCCCUGACAAAUUCGGCUCCUGCGUCCCACAUACGACCCGGCCGAAGCGGGACUACGAGGUGGACGGCAGAGACUAUCACUUUGUGAUCUCCAGGGAGCAGAUGGAGAAGGACAUCCAGGACCACAAGUUCAUCGAGGCGGGGCAGUACAACAACCACCUGUACGGCACCAGCGUGCAGUCGGUCCGAGAGGUGGCGGAGAAGGGUAAACACUGUAUCCUGGACGUGUCGGGCAACGCCAUCAAGAGACUCCAGCUGGCUCAGCUUCAUCCCAUCGCCAUCUUCAUCAAACCCAAAUCUGUGGAGAACAUCAUGGAGAUGAACAAACGUCUGACGGAGGAGCAAGGUAAGAAGACCUUCGACAGAGCCAACAAGCUGGAGCAGGAGUUCACCGAGCAUUUCACAGCCAUCGUGCAGGGCGACACUCUGGAGGAGAUCUACGACCAGGUGAAGCAGAUCAUCGAGGAGCAGUCGGGUCCCUUCAUCUGGGUCCAGUCCAAGGAGAAGUUAUGAAGGUGGACGCGGUGGCUCCUCCUCCUCAGAUUCAGUUUGCUUUGAACGCCGAGUCGACCUGCAGACGUCCCCUCCCCCACACCUCACCCCUUCACCCGCCCCAUCAGCGCCACAGCGGCUGACCCGAGUUCAGUUUAGCUUUUUUUAGCUUUUUUUUUUUGCCUGAUAAGACUUCAUCUUAGGGUUUCCUGACCAGCAGAGCAAAGCACACAGGAAGUUUGAUGACAUCACACUCAACGCGGUACAGCUCCUUAAUGUUUAAGGGAGGAGAACUUUAGAGGAGAAGAAGAAGGUACAUGGAAGCAGCGAGAAGAAACGUACGAAGCAGACUUGGUUUGGUUUUCUGUUUGUGGGUUUUUUCCCCUUUUUUGUCUUGUAAGGUAAGCAGGUGGGUGGAGUUUCAGUCUCAGGCAGCGUCUGUCGGUCCGGAGGAGGCGGAGACACAAAAAGCAAAACUUUGCACGUUUGAGCUUUAACAGCAUGUCAGUUAAUCCCGUUUAUUUUCCCAUCAGCCCCAUCGCUUCGCGUCUGAUGUCAUCGCUUUUCUCUUCUGUUGGUUCUUUAAACUCGAUUCAUCUUCAGUUCAGUUUGUUUCUUCGCUCCUCGCUGCUGCCGGAUGUUCGUCAGGACGCUGCGAGGUUCCUGCUCUGCUGCUAGAGGGCGCCGCGAGGCUUACUGAAGAGAUACGACGAUUUUUUAAUUUUUAGAGAAACGAUUUAAAACGUUCUACAAACGAGAAGCAGCAGAUUUACGUUCAGCUGAUGAACUGUUGAUUGUACCGAUUGAUUUUCAGUUAACGAGCGUUAAAGUCGCCUCUGACGACUCUGAGUGCAGACACGAUGAGACAAAGAGCCAAAAAUAUUUUUAUAAAUAAAAUAAGUUGAGUACAAUCACCAAAGGAAAAGUUAUAAGAAAUGGAUAUUUUACAUUAAAAACUCUACAAGAAAAUCCCAAAUAAACUUAUUUUUAUUACCAGAAAAUUAUUUCAGAAAAUUUAAAAGCUGAACUUUAUUUUACAAAAUAAUAAAUAAUAAAGUCCCUCAUAAUUACAGAGAAACUUUAAAAGAUUACAUCACACAUAAAAUCUACUCGAGAGAAAAUGCAGCAGGUUUUAAGAAAAACAAAAAAAAAUCAUUUUUAUAUUAAAGUCAGAAUUUCAACAAGUUUUUUAAAAAAAUCACAAAAAUUAUUUAAAUGUACAGAAAAAAGAAUUAAACCGAACAUUCAGAAAAUUAGAAUAAAAACUAAAAUCUUUGAAAGGCAAAAAUUACAAAAAUGCAAUUACAAAAUUAAAAAAACAGAAUUAUAAGAAGUUUAUUUUAAUAGUUCGUUAUGACCCCAAAAUCUGAAAUACUAAAAACAUUCAUUAAAGAUUUUUUAGGUCAAUUUUAAUGUUUGGAGAAAACAUUGAAACCAGAAUUAUUAGAAACUUUAUUUCAUCACAAAAUAAAUUUAUUAUAAACAUCCAAAGUGAGGCUUAAAAAUCAGGACGUGAUUUUUAGUCCGUCUGAAAUACGGUCGUUACGCGAACAUCGAUCGUACGAUAACGAGUCUCGCGCUCGUCGGAUAUGAAACCGCGAGUUUGUGAGUUUUAUUUUUGUGGUUUACGAAAACGAGACUCGAGCAGGUUUUUCUCCUCUCACAUCGAUGAACUUGUUUUCCGCGAUGAGGUCGCGGUCAUGUGAUGGAGCGGCGCCCUCUGCAGUAAGAACCCCGCCGGUCGUCACGGUGACGUCCGUCAGCGUCGUCAGUGUCUUACCACGAAAACGAUGUCGAUCACGUGAUUUGCGCGGCCGGAGGCGAGCCGCCGGCUCCGGGCGGGCGUCAGAAACACGAUUAUUGUACAAUGAGAUUUUGACAGAUAUUUAACCCUCAGUAAACUGCCUAUUUUGUUAUAAUAAAGUCUAUAUUGAACUUUACUUAAGCACUACUACUACGGGAAUUAUUUUCUUUGCAUUGUUAAUCAUAUAUGAAUAGAAAAGUAUAAAGAUAUUUGAAUAUGAA